UUCCGAGUGACGGCCGGUGGGGACGAGUCGACGCAUGAGCAGCUUAAGUGGAACAUGUGCCACCCAUGAGAGGACGCUGCGGUCGCAGAGGACUAUAAAAGGAAGAAGAAGAGGAGGACAAGGGACGAACACGAAGGGGCAAGCAAGCAUCUUUGAUUUAUUUUGGGGACACGGAAGCUUCGUCCCUGAACGUGCGGAAGGGAAAAGAUAAGAUGUGACAUGUAAUUGUUUCCCGAAAAGGAACGUGUGUCGGAAUUACCCGGUUUGAGUCAACAUGUGAUGGAUUUUGUUGAUGUUUCACUCAUUUUGGACGCCUGCUAUUUAAAAUAGAGCCUUCCACCAUUCUUAUAAAUAUCGAAAAUUUGCUGCUCGGGCGACUCAGGUGUCUUGUUGGAAUCCCUCGAGAGUUUUGAGGGGAGUAAAAUGUUUUUCUUCUUUUUUUUAAGAAAGUGACCCUCCAAACCUCUUACGUAAAUGUUUGCGUGCAGUUAGUGCUUUGGUUGUCGGUUGCAUCCCCCCUCCCCCCUUCUACCCUCUCAGACACUUAUACUGUGCACACAUAGACUCACCUGAGCAUACACACUAUGCAUACAUAAUUGCACAGACUGACACACAUACCCCCCCCCCCCCCCCACACACACACACACACUCUCGCCCCCCUCACCAACUGAUGAAUCCGCGUUAUAUAGGUGGACGUGGCACGGACCCGGCUAUAGCAUCCUCCGCCUCCUCUUUCUCCUCACCACUAGAGCCGCCUUACUCGCUUCACCGUCCUCUUCCUCGUCACCAUGUCCUCGUCGUCGCGCAAGAUCUCCUCGGAGUCUUUCAGCAGCUCGGUGGGCUCCGAUUGCGGGCUAGAAAGCCCCGGCGGGGACGGCGGACUGGAGGCGGCUGAGGAGCUCCGAGGAUGCCCCUUCUCAUCCUUCCACAGACCGCUCCUCUGGAACGGCCGCAGCCCCGCCGAGAGGCUCGCGUGCCCGGCGGGUGAGGAGCAGCCAGGAGCCGGCGGGCCACACAAGAGGGUGACCAGGAGGAGAAGGGUGAACCUGGACUCGCUUGGGGAGAGCCUGAGGCGGCUGACGUCACCCACGACACAGACUGUUCAAGAGGCUCUGCAGAGGACUCUGAAGUUUUACAGGCAACAAGAGAUCAGGUUUCCCGAUUCUGGUAAAGAGGACCGGCAAAGGGAAAGUAAAGAUGAGAAGUGCCCAUUUCUAGAAAAUUCUGGUUCAGAAGAGGAUGUCCUUCAAAUCCUACAGUACAUGGCCACCAUAUUGGGAGUACCAUUCUUUGAGCUGCGUGAGCAUUUUGGCGAGGAGUUUUUCGGCCUGUGCUUUGAAGAAAAUGAACGUGUGCUCAGAGCUGUAAGUGGCAACCUCCAGGACUUUUUUAACGGCUUUGAUGCCAUUUUGGAACGCAUUCGCACCUCCACGGGUCGCCGUGCCUCUUCGGAAAGCCCUUCCUUUCAGUGUAAGGAUCCUAACGAGGAAGAGAAGGGCCGAAGAAAAUUGGACAAAGUUGGAGAGAAAGGAACACAAAAUAGCCGCGGGAAGUUGUUGCUCCUACAUUGUUUUAACCCUGCCCCUGUGGUAGGAUUGAUCAUGCCUGGGCUUAUCAGAGCAGUUUCCAGACAGAUCUUUCAUUCAGAAGUGGAAGUAGAAGAAGUGUCCCCUCUGACUCCUUUAUUGCCCAAAGAAGACACACAUCACAGCUAUGGUGAUUCCACCACAGCAACUCCAACUGCAUCCCCAUGUGGCUCCCCCUCCUCUUCUCCUUCUCCACCCUCAACUUUCCCAACCGCUGUUCCUACAGUUUGUGUGUCCUUCCAAAUUCAGGAAACAUGCCCUACCUACUCCCUUCAAAAUGCUGCCCCAGUGAUUCCCAAGAAGGCCUCCUUUCCCCUUUCAACAAAUCCUAGUGAUUUACGCAUAGGCUUGGCCACAUUUUGCCGUGCCUUUCCAUUUCACCUUGUUCUCGGCCCUCGGAUGGAACUUCUGCAGCUUGGCGAGGGAUUGAGGAGGCAGGCUCGCAUCGAUCCUCAUCGGACUCUCUCGUUCGGGGACUGUUUUGAGAUCAUCUCACCCAAGUUGGAGCCUUCGUUCCAGGGGAUACUACUGAGGCUUGCAUCUCCUUUUACCAUCCGUACAAGACCAGACACCACACAAUUGGGCACCGCAGAAAAGGUAAUGGAGUUGAAGGGUCAGAUGAUCCAUGUGCCAGAGUCUUGCUCUCUGAUGUUUCUGGGCUCACCUCGUGUUGACAAAUUGGAGGAACUUAUGGGCCGGGGCCUGCACCUGUCAGACAUCCCCAUCCACGAUGCCACGCGGGACGUCAUCUUGGUGGGGGAGCAGGCCAAAGCUCAGGACGGCCUGAAAAAGAGAAUGGACAAACUCAAGGCCACAUUAGAGCGCACUCACCAGGCAUUGGAGGAGGAAAAGAGGAGAACCGUGGACCUCCUGUAUUCCAUAUUUCCGGGGGAUGUGGCCCAGAAACUGUGGCAGGGUCAACCGGUACCCGCUCGCAAGUUCGAUGACGUCACCAUGCUGUUCUCUGACAUCGUGGGCUUCACUGCUGUUUGCGCUCAGUGCACGCCCAUGCAGGUCAUCUCCAUGCUGAAUGAGCUGUACACUCGCUUUGACUACCAGUGUGGCAUUCUGGAUGUUUAUAAGAUAGAGACCAUAGGUGACGCCUACUGUGUGGCAGGAGGUCUUCACAAGAAGGUCGACAGUCAUGCAAAGCCCAUCGCACACAUGGCUUUGAAGAUGAUGGAACUUUCUGAAGAAGUACUCACACCUGAUGGAAAACCUAUUAAGCUUAGAAUCGGUAUCCACACAGGCUCCGUCCUGGCUGGUGUGGUUGGAGUUAAAAUGCCAAGGUAUUGCCUAUUUGGGAACAAUGUGACGCUGGCUAGCAAGUUUGAAUCAGGGAGUCAUCCCAGGUGUAUCAAUGUCAGUCCUACAACCUACCAGUUGCUAAAAGACGACCGAUCAUUUUCCUUCGUCCCUCGUUCACAACUGGAGCUCCCUGAGAAUUUUCCCAAAGAGAUUCCAGGAACCUGCUACUUCCUGGAGGUGGGAACGUCACACAGCCACGCAUCAUUGACCAGCUCUCGUUCCGCUCCUCCGGCCUCUAUGAGGAAAGUGUCCUACAGCAUUGGGACCAUGUUUCUAAGAGAAACAAGUUUGUAGGUGUCACACAAACACAAGCGUACAUGACUACCAGAACUGAACGUGUGGAGCCGGCAGGACAGCAAAUAACACACAUCGUGGAUAUGCAAUUGACAACCUGGGCUCACUGCUGUGGGAUGGAAGAACAUACAAAAAUAUUAUUUUCAUCCCAGAUGAUGAAUAUGAUUUUUACAUGGGAUUAAAUAGUGGAGAAAACCAAGCACGUUUAGUUUGCGGGGUUCUUUUUAGCCACUCGUGGAAGCUCUCCUCUGCAGUCUUUUGUGUCAUAAGAAGAACUUUUCCAAUCUCAAAAGGUCUCAUGCAUUGACAAGAUCCGGAUGCGUCGGUUGAAUGAUUAUUAGGAUUUUCACGACGAAACCAUGAAGGGAGUCUCUGUGAACUACUGUGGGAGCGUCUGAGGACCACUGGUGAACGACAACACACACCUCCUUCCAUCCGACCGAAUUCUUGUCCUGCGGACAUUGACGUGCAUUACAACAGCACCUCCCCUCGAGGAGCAUUUGGACGGGGCUGAGGAGAGACAGACGAGAAGCGAUAAUGUGGGGAUAGUUCUGAAAAAAGCUAAUAGAAAAAUAUUAAUGCCAAAAAAUGCUAGAACUCGAGCCUUUUUCUGCUUCUAACUCACAGCAAACUGCAGUCUACAACAAUCCAGCCAUUUCAUUUCAGGUAGUAUGUUCAGAAGUGACAGUUCAAACGCGAUUCUCAGCUCAGUGCCUUUUUACUGCUCAAAUCAGGACAAAAAACAAACAAACGCAUACACAUAGGAUGGAUUGAUUUCAGAUAUCUGAGGGAAAAAAGGCAGCACAUGGACACACUUGUCCUAAUCUCUUUUCCUACCCUCUCUGCCCUGUGAAAGAUUCCAAACAAUGAGAGCCAGUGAGGGAGCCGCAUAUACUGAACAUCACCACCACUGCAGUUACCAGCUGGUGGCAUCAAUUCAUUUGAGUCAUACGAGGACAAAAGGGGGGAAAAAAAAGUGCACUUCAUAUGUUCCAGCUAUUUCUAAUGGCAUUUCUCCAUUAUGUCCACUUCUGCCAAUAAUACACGGGGUACAGUUUAACGCAUAUGUACAUGUAGUCACAGCAUAUGCAACACCGUUCAUAUUUGCAUACAUUGUUUUUUUUCCUUCCAGCUCCAUUAUGAUUCUAUUCUUCUCUCUUCAUUUUCUUGCUACAUACUUGAAAUCUCAGGCCUUCCAAAUGUGUCCGUGUAGCUCACUAACAUAUAUUUAAUUAAAAAGAAUUUGAUGGUCACCUUUUUUUGUAAAUUGAAUUGGUGAUGACAUUAUUAUAGGUUGUUUAACAUGCAUUUAUAACAGCAUUGGUGAACUCACAAUACAUGUUUGGAUUAUUUUUUUUCACCGUGUACUCUUAACAGGCGCAUAAUAAUCAAAUAAUUGUUAGCAUUUUUGCCGAUUGUGUGGAGUAGGUUGUUGAAGAUUGUUUUGAAGAAGAAUGACAUGACGAUGACAAUGGGAAGUUGAGUGAGAUCCGGCCGGCGUAUUAUUAUUAAUACGAUGAAACGAAACAGGAGUGAAGAACAUUCUCACAUCCCAUUAAAAUUGGUUUGGAAAGGUGUCCAAAUAUUCACACUUAAAUCUUCUCGAAACCGAAACAUUGCAACUGUGUCCAGCGCCCGCAUGUCCAAGUCAGUCGGUCUUUGCAUGACCCGUUUUUUUUGUUUUUUUUUACCCCCCCCCCCUCAGGCUUGUUUCGCAGGUUUCAUGAAACUGCAGAAGGCAUAUUGUGGUGCAGACACAGGCAAUAAAAGUUAUUUCUACUGUAGAAGUUGGGUCAUGUUAGCAAGGUGUGAUAGUCAACUGUAACCAAAUCUUUUUUUUUAACGUUAAAAUGAAAAAUUCUUAUUGAUCACAAUUCAUUUGGUUGCAAACUAUACAGUAAAUAUGAAUUCCCUGAGAUAUAAAAUGAGUGAAAAAUAUUUACAAUGUUGUCAUAUUGAUUCAUCUGAGGUCAGCUUAGUAUUCAGUGUGUCCCCGUGAAAAUUUACUUGAAAACAGUAGAGCGAAGCACUGUAACAACAAAUAUCAAACAAAAGAAACAAUUUCAACAGGUUAUUAUUUUACAGUCAUAAAAAGAUCUUAUUCAACUAAUCUUUUUUUUUUUUAAAUGAAUCAAAACAGGCUCUUUCUUCCACAUCGUGGUUUUUUGUUUUGAAUGACUGUGCUGAAAUUCUGUUUUGAAUUUCACUGCCAUAGUAAAAAGAUCCCCAUUAUCCCAUUUAGCCUGGUUUUAAAAGUUUGCUUUAUUCUGUUAUUCAUGUCCAAGGUGUCCAGGGAAAUGUCUGUUUGGUUAAUGGAUCUCUGGAUGUAUUACAUUGUUGUAAUUUUUUUUUAUUAUCCUUAUGUUUUGUACUGAGGCUGAGCAUGAAUCAUGUUGGAUUGGAAGCUGGUGCAUACCAGAUAAUGGUUUGAUAAAAGGUGUUUGACUGACAUUAAGGGCACAUUUUCUUGUUUUAACAUAUGUAAAUAAAACACCAAGUGUGUUUAACAAGGA